UAAUGCCGUGGGUAAAUGGAAGAACAGCAGCUAAUUCCGGAGCCCGUAAUCCUCUUCCUCCCCCGGGGACGGGGAGCGUGCCAGUCACGCACCGGCCGGCGGGCCCCGGGGACGAGCCCCGGCAGCUCCCCAGGUGGUGCCGCGGGCCGGAGUGACUCCCAGACCAUGGGUGAUGUGCAGAAGGGUGCUCUGCAGCCACCCGGCACCCCACAGGGCUCUCCCAGCACCCCCCGCCCCCAGGGGCUGCUCUCUGUCAUCCAGAAGCUGAAGGGUUCGCCGGAGCAGGAGCUCCGCAUCGUCCUGCUGGGGCUGGACAAUGCCGGCAAGACGACGCUGCUGAAGCGCCUGGCGUCCGAGGAAGUCAGCACCAUCACCCCCACACAGGGAUUCAACAUCAAGAGCGUCCACUCCCACGGUUUGAAGCUGAAUGUUUGGGAUAUUGGGGGGCAGCGCUCCAUCCGCCCAUACUGGAAGAAGUAUCUGGGCAGCACAGACCUGCUGAUUUAUGUCAUUGACAGUGCUGACCAGAAGCGUUUUGAGGAGACAGGGCAGGAGCUGGCAGAGCUCACGGAGGAUGAGUCCCUCACGGGGGUCCCGCUACUGGUGUUUGCCAACAAGCAGGACCUGGUGACUGCAGCACCCGCAGCCGAAAUCGCAGAAGGGCUGAGCCUCCACACCUACCGGGACCGGGAGUGGCAGAUCCAGGCCUGCUCGGCCCUGUCUGGGGAAGGGGUGCAGGAUGGGAUGAACUGGAUUUCCAGCCAGAUCAUGAACAGGAAGAAGUGAGAGCUGCAAAGUGCCAGACGGGCCUGAGCUGCAGGUCCCUAUGCCACGGCCAACCCCCCAAUCCCUUGGCUCGGCCCUGAGCCUCAGACUGCCAUGUUUGGACGAUUUUCCCACCCAGUCUUCCACUAAUCAGCUGGCUUCCCCUCUCCCUGCCUCCCGGGCUUCCACGGGCUCCUCACACCCCCUGACUCCCCUGCAGCCCCCGUGCUGUUGGAGGGAAGCACGUGUCCUGACUCAUGCCAGGGUACCAGGAACUCCAGAGACCGAGUCUUUGAAGCAGGUAUUUGUUUAUUCAGCAAUGGGAUGGGUGCACGGGGGGGAUGCCUCCUCUUAUCGUGCACACCAACAUCGUGGAUUUUCAGCAAUUUAUUACACACAGCUCAUGCAUUAUUCAUACAACUCAGAAAAGGGUAGUCUUAUGCUAAAUACUUUUGGGCACUAAUUCACAUCCACUCGACCAUGUGUAAUGCUCUCUGGUGGUCAUCUCGGGUGGUCGUGGGAUGAAGGCCCCAAGUCUUCCUCGAAGUUGUCCUUUUCAGCUCUUGCUCCAGAGCAUGCGCACAAUUCAGCUCUUCUGCAAUGGUGAUCUCAGCUGGCUCAUGUCUUUCAUGUUCUUGUUAUCCUAAGGGCCUCCUGCCUCCCUUUCCUUUCAAGUGUCCUGUUAUCUCAAGCUCAUCCUGCCUCCCUCUCCUGUGAAGUGUUCUGUUAUCUCAAGCUCAUCUUGCCUCACUCUCCUGUGAAGUGUCCUGUUAUCUCAAGCUCAUCUUGCCUCACUCUCCCGUUAAACAUUUCGAAUGUUCUGCCAGUAUUUUCCCAUAUAAAGUCCCACCGUGUUGAGGGCUCGCACACCUCCAGCACGAGAACCUGCCCAGGACUUGUCCAUCCACGCUGCUGUUACACCCCACGGGUGCUGCUGUGACCCACACAUGCCCCGGGCAUGCCGAGCACCCCGACACGGUGCCGGCUGCACCCCCAGGCACCCGUGCGCUGUGUGUCCGUCCCCCUGUGCUCCUGCAGGAUGGCACCGGUGCUGCCCCAGCCGUGCCACGGUACAGAGGCUCGGGAAAGCAUCCCUUCGGCACCUCUCGCUGGCCAGAGGAGGAGUCCCCAUGUGCGCACAGGACUCGGGACAAGCACGAAGGCAGGACCAGUCGCCAACGGCGGGGUCUCCUUGCCCGGUGCCGGCGGAGGCUGCUCUGUGCGGCCGAGGGGACCCUGUACCCCCGGGACGCGCGUUGUGUCCCAGCCGGGGCUGCCGCCUGCCUGGAGGUGCCCAUCCGGAGGGCUGGGAGAUUCCGCUGCCUGGCCACCACGGCUGCCGUGGCGGAGGGAUGAGGGGAGAGCUGCGGGAGCGGGCCAGGGGCUGCCCUGCGACCCUCAAUAAAGCUGCUGUGACCUCCA